GCGAUACUUGGAAGACCCCGUAUUUCUUACACAAGCUUGCUGUAAUUAUAAUACAAUGACAGUAACAUUAUGGCGAAGAGGAAAGGUUAAAUACAUUGUCGCAGUCGGUUUGGAAGCUUCAUAGCGACUAGUCGCCUUGAAGGAAAUUGUUGAAAAGAGUAGUCAGUAAAGGUAUCUGCUAACAAUAAGUGGUCAAAUACAACGUUAAGCUUCGUAUUACUCAGUUUGCUAGAAUAAUCAGGAAUAAGUGUUAAAAAAAAGUUAAAAUUGAAAAACACUUUUUCAUCGAAACUGACUUAUUAAUAAGAAAAAAGGAUAAUUAAUUAAUCAAAAUUAAUCAAACGUUCUUCUUUCUUGUUCAUAUCAAUAUCGCGAUAAACUGUGUAAAUAAAAUAAGCUUCUCAUCACCAUUUUGUUGGAGUUCUACAAAAGUAACACCAAAACUAGUUCAGUAUCAUCAUAAUGACUACAAUGCUAGAGAAGUUUGCAGUAUGGUAUAAAUACCUUAACGAUGAUUUGGCGGAUCCACGUACGAAAGAUUAUUUUCUGAUCGGCUCACCAUGGCCUGGCCUAACUUUGAUUGGAUUGUAUCUAUAUUUUAUAUGUAAUUUUGGACCGAGAUAUAUGGAAAAAAGACAUCCUUUUAAAUUAAACGAGAUAUUACAAAUAUAUAAUGUGUUCCAAAUUUUAUCAAAUGCAUUUUUAUUUUACAAAGCAUUAACAGUAGGUUGGUUAGGACAUUAUAAUUACUUUUGCGAGCCAAUCGAUUAUUCGGUCACACCAAAGACCAUAGAGAUCACCAGAUUAGUUUGGGUGUAUUUCUUGGUCAAGUUAAUGGAUUUGAUGGACACCAUCUUUUUCGUACUUAGAAAGAAGCAGUCACAAGUGACAUUUCUUCACUUAUAUCAUCAUGUUGGCAUUUUAAUGGGUGCUUGGGGUGCCGUUAAAUAUCUGCCUGGUGGUCACGUUACUUUCUUAGGAUUACUUAAUACAUUUGUUCACAUAAUAAUGUACACGCACUAUCUGUUAGCGUCUAUGAAAAUAGACACAAGCGCGUGGAAAAAGUACAUCACUCAGCUGCAGCUGGUCCAAUUUUUCAUUAUCACUUUACACUAUUUACAAUUAGCCUGGGUGAAAAACUGCGGUUUCCCAAUAUGGCCGGCAUACGUAAUGGUACCGCAGAAUUUGUUUAUGAUUAUAUUAUUCGGAGAUUUUUAUUACAAGACAUACAUCAAGAAAAAACCAGCAAUUAAAAUGACAAAGGCAGAAAUAAACGGCAUCUCUGCUGAAAUCUCUAAUGAUAAACUGAAAAACCAAUAAAUUUAAAACAUGUCUUAAUCUCUAAAGCUUAGGUCCAGACAUGUGUCGUCACUGUCAUAUAUCAUGAUCACCUCUGCCCGUGAAUAUACUGCUUAUGAAGAUAGAUACGCCAAGACAUUGUUUUAAACCCAUAUCCGUAUCUCGUAUAUUUGUAUUUGUUUGUCAAUUUUCCACCCAUACACAUAUUAUAAUAUAUCUAAACCGAGCAUUGAGCAGCGGGGGUAGAGAUUCACGUAGAAAAGGACAAACUCUCUUUUGCAGAGUUGGGUAGUGCCUAGUUAAAAAGAUAAAAGUUAAGUUAUAAAGUUAAAAAGUUAAAUAAUUUUAACUUAAUUUAGUUACAUUAUAGAUUGUUAACUUUUAACUAAAUUUUGUUACAUUUUAUCGGUAACUGUUAACUUUUAAGUUACCUAUCUCUUAGGCCCGAUUUUUCAUUUUCUGGUUGAUUGUUAACCAGAAGUUAGUCAACUCUGUCUCUGUUUAGAUAAUAAUAUACAAAAAGAUAGAGAGUCGACUAACUUAACCAGAAGUUAGUCCCGGGAUGCCGUGUGUCUGCCUACAUUGGUAGUCUCUGUAUUUCAAAAUUCACUGCCAACUCUAAAAUCUACUGUAUAUGUGUACUAUAGAUCUUCAGCGCUGAUAAUGCGUUGUGGAAUACAGCCAUUAGAGAGUUUUGAUUCACGAACUCACGUGAAAUUGUUUACAUAUGAAAUGGACUAUAUUCUGUGUAGUGAUUGUUCAAACGCUAGUCGCAAAAUUCAAUGCAAUUUACGUGAUCGUAAGUCUCUAAGAUUUUAUGUAAAAAUAAAAUAAAUUAACUUUUAACUUUGUAAUUUCUUUUUAUUAUUAACU